AUGGAAAAUCCAAAUUUAGAGAAUCCAGAUUAUCAUAUAAACGGUCAGUUCAAAAUGACCGGGCCGGCAGAUUUGGGACCUCCUAUCUUCAAGAAUAAUGCCAACCCUCAACCUGGUACAGUAGCCCCAGCUACAUUAAGAAUGAUGGGGAGACAGCACAACAAUACGACGAAUCACCAAUACCAGCCUUCCCCAAUGGAACAGAAAACCCACGAUCCAAAUCUUUAUCAACCUCAUCAAGGUCAAAAUCCAUUGAUGCCGCCGUUCAGCGUGCCUUCGAGUAAUAGUAGGAGCCAAAAGGGCACAAAUAUAGUCAAUACUAGCAAUACUAAUUAUAACAAUAACAAAAACAAUGAUGAAAAUAUUAAUGCUACCACUGCUUUGAGCGGUAACAUUCAUGAUAUCACUACUGCAAGAAAUUCCAACCGUAAUACCGCCCCUAUUAUUUCCAAUGAAACGAAACAAUUUCAUAGAAGAUCUCUAGGUGAUUGGGAUUUUUUAGAGACCGUUGGUGCAGGCUCGAUGGGUAAAGUUAAGUUAGCAAAACAUCAUCAAACGCAAGAAAUAUGUGCCAUAAAAAUUGUCAAUAGAGCAACAAAGGCUUUUUUACAUAAAGAACAAUCAAUGCCUCCACCAAAGAAUGAACAAGAAAUUGCAGAAAGGCAAAAACGGUUAGAGAAAGAAAUUUCGAGGGACAAAAGAACAGUCAGAGAGGCUUCUUUGGGUCAGAUAUUGUAUCAUCCUCAUAUUUGCAGAUUGUUUGAAAUGUGUACCAUGUCGAACCAUUUUUAUAUGUUAUUCGAAUACGUUUCUGGGGGUCAGCUACUAGAUUAUAUUAUUCAGCAUGGUUCAUUAAGAGAACAUCAUGCCAGAAAAUUCGCUCGUGGAAUUGCUAGUGCGUUACAGUACUUACAUUUGAAUAAUAUCGUUCAUAGGGAUUUGAAGAUCGAGAAUAUAAUGAUUUCGAAUAGUGGGGAAAUUAAAAUUAUUGAUUUUGGAUUAUCGAAUGUCUUCGAUAACAGAAAACAAUUACAUACAUUUUGUGGAUCCUUAUAUUUUGCAGCACCAGAAUUAUUGAAGGCACAUCCCUAUACAGGGCCAGAAGUCGAUGUCUGGUCGUUUGGGAUUGUACUCUAUGUUUUAGUCUGUGGUAAAGUCCCAUUUGAUGAUGAAAAUUCAAGCGUUUUACAUGAAAAAAUAAGGCAAGGUAAAGUCGAAUAUCCAAAUCAUUUAUCAAUUGAAGUCAUAUCGCUCUUAUCUAAAAUGAUCGUAGUGGACCCAGCGAAAAGGGCCUCUUUAAGACAAGUAGUUGAACAUCCGUGGAUGACGAGAGGUUAUGAUUUUCCACCGCUUUCAUACCUUCCAAGGCGUAUCCCACUAACACCAGAGGCAAUUGACAAUAAUGUGCUUCGCGAAAUGUUUCGUCUAGAAUUUAUUGAUGACGUUGAAGAAUGUCAAAACUCUCUAAUAAAAAUCAUUACGGAAGAACCGUAUUUGGAACGAUCACGAGGUUUUUGGCAAUUAGUAGUAAAAUCGCCGUCCAAUUCUUCAAAUAUUAACGGAUCAUCCGUAAUUGGUAAUCAAAAUGUUGGAUUUAAGAACCCAUUCGAUGACCCAACUCAAGCUUAUCAUCCACUUCUAUCUAUAUAUCAUUUGGUUCAUGAAAUGCUGACCCGGAAAGCAGCUAAACUGCAAAGAAAACAAGCAGCUAUUGCGGCGCAUCAAUUGCAAAUACUACAAAAGCAAUCUCAGGCAAAUAACUUAGAACAAGCCGCAGAUAUUAAAUCUAACUGGGCUAGACAGGAAACAAUUGAUCCAAUGCCCCAAACUUUGAGAAAUAAUAUACCGUCUAUUGAUAAUGACAUCGAUCCAUCGAAAGUACAGAAGCCAAAAUCUUAUAUACCAAGAAACUAUUCUCCUAGCGAAAAACCAUUGCGAGUUAUUGUACCCCCCAAGCUUUCGGUGCCUGAACAGGCACAUACAUCACCAACUUCAAGGAAGAGCUCCGAUUAUCACAAUAAUUUUGUAGCAACUAUUGCGACCCCUCAGUCUCCCUCCGUGCAAAAGGAUUAUCAACAAAGGUCUAAUGUUACAUCAUGUCCCUCAGAUCAAGAAGACAAAAACAAAUCAUUCGGUGGUUUAUUUAGAAAGUUGUCCCAACGCCGCCGUGACCAAGUUCCUCAACAGCAGCAACAAUAUCUACAUCCUUCAGAGGGUGAGUACGCUCAAACUAACCAAAAUAGUAUAAAAUCCUUUGAUUAUCAACAAAAGAUACCUCCACAUAUCGAGGUUCCGCAAAUUCAGAUCCAAAAUAUGAACCAACAGCGCAGUUUAAAAACUCACUCACGUACAGUCUCGGAGUAUAUGCCAAGUCCUCCUAAAAUGCCACUGUAUUAUAACUAUAAUAAACAGGAUACUGAGAAGACAGCAACAUCGACAGCCCCGGUUCGGUCAAUGUCCCAAAAGAAAAAAGCAACUAUGCCAGCUUUACCAUCGAAUGCUGAAACUUUAGUACAGGAACAACGAGAAAGGCAACUAAGUAAGGGUACCGAUGGUACCUUGAAUGACCAGAACACAGAUAAAGCGAACCAACUUGCCGAUCGUCAAGAUGCUGGACGACAAAAUGUAGACGCAGACGAAAAUGUUCCAUUACCCCCGUUACAUGUGACGAAGGGCAGAAAAUUCCAUCCAAGCGCCAGAGCUAAGUCAGUGGGACAUGCACGUCGUGAAUCCUUGAAGUUCACCAGACCACCAGUACCUCAGUCAGUCUACCCUCGAGAUGUAGAAGAUAACGGGUUCUUAGAGUACAGCGAUGAUAAUAGAUCGGACUCACGCGAUGGUAAGACUACUGAACAAAGAGAAGAUUCCAAGAAAAAUAUAACUUCAAAUGUUGAAACUGUGAAGACCAUUCCAGAGUGUACAACUGAAACAAGUAAAGAUGAAAUGACAGAUGAGGAAAUACUAGCGGCGGCUUCGCAGGCACCUGUGGGGUCUAUGCCAUCGAUUGACUUUCCACGUUCUUUAUUCCUCAAGGGGUUCUUUUCAGUACAGACAACAUCAUCUAAACCACUGCCAAUCGUAAGGUAUAAAAUUAUCUCGGUCUUAAACAAGAUGCAUAUUGACUUUAAGGAAGUUAAGGGAGGCUUCGUUUGUAUUCAACGAUCUGGAAAUUCCGUUGAAGCGUCUUCACCUAAAGAAACUCAAGCGUCGCCAAGUAGGGUAUCAUCUAAGACCACAAGUAUCGACGAGCAACUCGAACAACAGCCACAGAGAGUGACAUUAAAUCCAGACAGUCAAUUAUCACCAAGAGGAACAUCGAUAUCCAGACAUACGUCAAUCAGCCGUCAAGGUAGCAUUUCUAGGUAUGGGCAGCCGAACUAUGCCGUUACUCCUUUGGCGUCAAAUAACCACGAAAGAACUACAUCAAUUGGUGGGACAUCAGCAUUUUCUGGCAGGCACAAUAGAAAUGGAUCAAUAAAUUUACGCAAUAAUUCGGAUGAGUUAUCAACAACCUCUCUUGAAUAUACUCAGCAACAGCAAGAAGACGAUAUGCUAUCUACAACCAAGAUACAAGAAAUGAAUAAAGUGGAUUCUGACAAUGCACUAAAUACGAAUACACCGGAUAAGACUAAAGCAAGGGUACCGUUAAAGUUUGAAAUCCACAUCGUAAAGGUUAGGAUAGUUGGUUUAGCUGGUGUUCAUUUCAAGAAAGUCUCUGGAAAUACCUGGCUAUAUAAGGAAUUAGCCUCCGAUAUUUUGAAAGAAUUGAAUCUAUGA